AUGUCUGGAGAGAUAGCCAUGUCUGAGUUUGGCAAUGGCAAGACAAAGGAGCCAAGUAUCUCUGGAAAGUGGCGCGUGUCCUGGUAUGAGCGGCUGCUGCAGCCCUGCUUGGUUGAGCUGCUGGGCUCUGCCCUCUUCAUCUUCAUCGGAUGCCUGUCUGUUAUUGAGAAUGCGCCAAACACUGGGGUGCUGCAGCCGGCCCUGGCCCACGGGCUGGCACUGGGGCUCGUCAUCGCCACGUUGGGGAACAUCAGUGGGGGCCACUUUAACCCUGCGGUGUCCCUGGCAGCCAUGCUGAGUGGAGGCCUUACCCUGAUGAUGCUCCUUCCCUAUUGGAUCUCCCAGCUGCUCGGAGGGCUGCUCGGGGCUGCCCUGGCCAAGGCGGUGAGUCCUGAGGAGAGAUUCUGGAAUGCCUCUGGGGCAGCCUUUGUGACAGUCCAGGAGCAGAGGCAGGUGGCAGGGGCAUUGGGUGCAGAGAUCAUCCUGACAACAUUGCUGGCCCUGGCUGUGUGCAUGGGUGCUAUCAAUGAGAAGACCAAGAGCCCUCUGGCCCCCUUCUCCAUCGGCUUCUCCGUCACUGUGGACAUCCUGGCUGGGGGUGCUGUGUCUGGAGCCUGCAUGAACCCAGCCCGUGCCUUUGGACCUGCUGUGAUGGCCAACUACUGGGGCUUCCACUGGAUCUACUGGCUGGGCCCGCUCCUGGCUGGCCUCCUUGUGGGACUGCUCCUAAGAAUGGCAGCAGUGAGCACCGUCAGGAAAGGGCUGGAAACCCAACAAGAAAUAGUGUCUCCUUCUCCCCAGGCUGGGAAGGGUCAGGAAGUCAUCUCUCUGGAGAAUUCUGGACCAGGAGACACAUGGUGA